AUGCGUUUCACUUCUGCCAUCGUCAUUGCCCUUGUCGGCGCCGCCCAGGCCUCGCCCAUCGCCGCUCCUGAGCCUGUUCUCAACAACGAGGGCUUGGAUGCUCCUAUCGAGGCACGCGCCAUCCUUAGCGCUGGCGAAGAGGCCGCCGUCCUCGACAAGCGCCUCGAGCCCAUCACCACCGCCAUCCUCACCACUGCCGGCUCUCAAGCAGCCACCGCGGCCGUCGACGCCGCCAUCAAGGCCAUCGGCAAUGCGAUCAAGGGUCUGCAGAACUGGGACAAGGCCCGCGAGGAUUUCACCAAGAAGACCACGGCCGAGAUGUGGGCCAAGGCCGACAAGAAGGCCUACUCGGCUGCCGUCUGCUACAACAUGGGCUACACCGCCCCGAACAUCGAUGGCAAGACGUCCGUGCAGAUCAAGUCGGGCCUCCUCAAGACCAGCUACGACUGCUUCUUCAUGAAGGCUGGAGCAAACACUUUCCAGGCAAAGGGCGAUGGCGGCUUCCAGAACCUUGCGGCUCAGCACGACAACCGCUGCACUUAUGACAGCAAGGCUGUUAAGCUUACCUGCAAAUAG